UCCAGGGGCAGCAGCAGGUCCACCUGCCCCAGGCAGCUCCUUAGGGAUGGACAAGAGCCCAUCUGAGAGUUGGGGUGACAUCAAGGACAGGGCCCCUGAGUGAGCAGGGCCACAGUCUCCUCAGAUCUGUGCCCCCCUCUCUCUGGCAUUUAGAGGACCUAGGUGGUCAGGAAUGGAUGUGGGAGCUUUGGGGGUACAGUGUCCCCCCAGGCAUGGAUCUUAGGGGCUCAGAGCAGAGACAAGGUCUGAGGGCAGCAGUGUGUCCAACACAUGGGUGGGCUGACCCCAGGGCUGCUUUGGGGAGCCCGGGAGGAAGGCACCAAGCACUCUAGCCCGGUGCAACGGACAGUGCCUGCUAGGGACCAGUGCCAGGACAGGGCUCUGUGAAGACGAGGGGGCCUGGGGGAGUCCCGCCCGCUGUGCCCACUGGCCCGCACUGAGAUAAAUAAUGGAAGGGCAGGCCACAUGAACCCAGGCGUCACAGGAUGCCUUCCCUGGCGGCUCUGGUUACGCCCCAGAUCGCACUGACAUCCCUGCUGGUGAAUUAUUAAGCAGCCACCUCCUCCAAGGCCACCCUGUGUGCAGGUCCCACUCCUGCCUGUUCACUGCCUGCCGAGCACCGGGCUCUGCAAAGACUGACCUGGGGGUGCCCAGUCCUGCUCCUGCCACGGUUCCUGCCCAGUGCCCACGUGGCCACCCCAUGGCACCUGAGAUGGACCAGUUCUACAGGUCCACCAUGGCCAUCUACAAGAGCAUCAUGGAGCAGUUUAAUCCUGCCCUAGAGAACCUGGUGUAUCUGGGCAACAACUAUCUCCGGGCCUUCCAUGCUCUGUCAGAGGCGGCUGAGGUGUACUUCAGCGCCAUCCAGAAAAUUGGAGAGCAGGCCCUGCAGAGUUCCACCUCGCAGAUUCUGGGUGAGAUCUUGGUGCAGAUGUCAGACACUCAGCGGCACCUGAACUCAGACCUGGAGGUGGUGGUGCAGACGUUCCACGGUGACCUGCUGCAGCACAUGGAGAAGAACACCAAGCUGGACAUGCAGUUCAUCAAAGACAGCCGGCAACACUAUGAGAUCGAGUACCGCCAUCGUGCCGCCAACCUGGAGAAGUGCAUGUCCGAGCUGUGGCGCAUGGAGCGCAAGAGGGACAAGAAUGCUCGGGAGAUGAAGGAGAGCGUGAACCGGCUGCAUGCACAGAUGCAGGCCUUCGUGUCUGAGAGUCAGCGGGCUGCCGAGCUGGAGGAGAAGCGACGCUACCGCUUCCUGGCUGAGAAGCACCUGCUGCUGUCCAACACCUUCUUGCAGUUCUUCGGCCGGGCCCGGGGGCUGCUGCAGAACCGCGUGCUGUUGUGGAAGGAGCAGGCCGAGGCCAGCCGCGGCCCGUCUCGGGCCCACUCCCCCGGCCUGCUGGGCCCAGUGCUGGGGCCUCCCUACCCGUCCGGCCGCCUGACACCCACCCGCCUGGACAUGCCCCCUCGGCCCCUGGGCGAGUUCGGCUCCCCGCGCAGCCGGCACGGCUCCGGCUCCUACGGCCCCGAGCCCGCCGAGGCGAGGUCCGCGUCGCAGCUGGAGCCCGAGCGCCGGUCCCUGCCGCGGACGCCGUCGGCCUCCUCGCUCUACACUGGCAGCGCGCAGCGCUCGCGCUCCAACUCCUUCGGCGAGCGCCCGGGCGGCGGCGGGGGCGCCCUCAGGGUCCGCGCGCUGGUCUCGCAUUCCGAGGGCGCCAACCACACUCUGCUGCGCUUCGCGGCCGGGGACGUCGUGGAGGUGCUGGUGCCCGAGGCCCAGAACGGCUGGCUCUAUGGCAAGCUGGAGGGCUCGUCCGCGAGCGGCUGGUUCCCCGAGGCCUAUGUGAAACCACUGGAGGAGGUGCCCGUGAAUCCCAUGAUCCCCUUGAGCCCCAUGACUGCCAUGAACCCCAUGAGCCCCAUGAACGAGCUGUCUUCCAGGUCCUACCCACUCCGGGGCAGCCACAGCCUUGAUGACCUCCUGGACCGAUCAGGCCACUCCACAGCAUCCCCAGAGUACUUGGACGGUCAGGCUCGCUCCCGAAACCCGAGCCGGGUCCCAAGCCAGGUCCCAAGUUGCAACCCCAGCCCCACACCCACGCCCUUGCCUGGCAGCCGUCGAAGCAGCAUGGGCAGCAUGGGUGUAGCCAGUGACGUCAAGAAACUCAUGGCCUGGGAGCAACACCCCCCGGAACUUUUCCCUCGGGGCACGAAUCCCUUUGCCACCGUGAAGCUGCGUCCCACUGUCACCAAUGACCGCUCGGCGCCCCUCAUCCGCUGAGGUCCUUCCUCCGUCGGGGUCUGAGAUGGAACCACACACCUGCCUGGGGCUGUUCGGAGCCAGCAGCAGUGGCUGUGGCAGCAGUGGCUCCAAGAUGCCCAGGUCCUGGUACCAGGUGGUCAUCCUUCCCAGGCCACCAUUAGCCUGAGUGGCUCCCCGGGCACUGACCUUCGGCCUGGGGUCUCUGGAGUACAGCAGGGGGAAUCGGGAAGUGGAGCAGUUGCUUCCCACAGGGGACCGCCCUCUUCUCCCCAGCUUCUUUCCCCUUCUCUGCCACAGUGGGAGGAGCCCUUGUACCACACCCAUGCCCACAGAGGGUCCCCACUUAACUUUUAUAAAUGAUGACCAAUAAAGGAUGCGCACAUGACAGCCA